GUCACAACAACGGAGCAGGUGAGUGCUUGUUGCAGAAUCCUCCAAUAGAAGGCUUGUUAUGACCGUUCCCUGGUUACCGUUCUGCUGCUAAAGCUCAUCUGCGUAGAUGGACAAGGAGAUUGAAGACAGUAAAGAAGACCUGUUCAACUAUAUCUCCUAAAGUGAGACUGGAUCAAGUCACCUUCAUCAUCAUAACCAACGAGGCUCUUCUAAAGGAAGAAACUGUUGAUUAUAUUUUACACGAUCCAUUCUGUACAAACAGAGUGCCGUUGUUUUCUUUUUUACAGCUGUAGUCUAGAGUUCUGUUGAUUACUGAUAUUACCUGAUUUUGCCUUCACCAUGACUGAGAUGAAAUACCAAAUGGCAUUUUGCUUGACGGCAGCAUUCGUUCUGUCAACAGCACUUGCAGCGACCACAACCUCAGACGCUACAGUUUCAUCAACUGAAACAACAAUGACAUCAACAGCAUCGGAAUCAACAGCUUCAGCAGAAACAACCACUACCACCGAAGCCACCACUACUGUGGCAAGAAAUAUUUCCUGCAAUGACUAUACCUGCGAGUACAAUGGUUGUAUACAAAAUGCAACUGAUAACAAUGCAAUUGGCAAUUGCUUCACAUCUGGUUACUGCUUUGCAAGGUUAACAUCAAAUUCCACAUACACGAAGGAGGAACUCGGCUGUGAAGCGACUAUAAGCGGCUGUUUAACAUCUGUUCACACUAAUAACGGGGGACAGAGAAUUUGCUGUACCAGCGCAGACUGCAAUUCUAUAACCCCGUUAAAGCAGUCUACAGCCCCAAGUCUCUCCUAUUCUCUAGGAGCCGUUUUGCUCUCCCUUCUUUUUAGCUUGGGCAAAUUUUAGAACCUGUUUGUGAUACAUUGCUUUAAUCUAUUGCAAAACAGUGACAAAUAUUUUUUUUCCCCCUUCCACUACCUUUUACAAUAUUGAAUACAAUGAAUCAUUGCUAACACUGAAAAAUCCAAUUGUAUAUUUUUUCCAUGAAAAUUUGAAAAAUGAAGUAACUUGUGUUUUCGUUACAUGUAUCUAUUGAAUUUACCUGUAGAGUUGGUAUAAUUUUGCAAUUCUGUGAUUUUAUUUUUCAUAUUUUUUCUGUAAGAGAACAUUUAUUACUGAAGUGAAAACAAGUAAACAAUUAGUAAAUACUUGUCCUUAAGUGUUUUUGAAAAUAUUUUCAGUGGAAUCAUUUAUCAUGCAUCUUUCCAGUACUUGAUAUACAAGAACUCAAAUCAAUCGCGAAUAUAAAUGCACGUAUUAAUUUAUAAAUCAUUUUUAAUCAAGGACAUAACUGUGCAAAUAAAAGAUGAAAUGUGUACUGUUUAUUUACGAUUAAAUUUGCGUUGAAAUUACCAAAAAUACUUUCUAUUGGUAGGAACUUAUUUAAUUUUAGCAACAGAUACUUUAUAGACAUUUUUAUAGAUUUUGCAAAAUCUAAAUUCUUUUUUUUUAAUCAAUAAUAUUUUGAUAUUUAUUAAGAUAAUAUUUGAAGAUUCCCGAUCUUGUUUGAUGAAGUGUGUACAUCGGUGUCGCACUGAAAAUGUAUGACGGAAUCAAUGGAGCGUAUAAAUGUUUGUUAUAUUUUAAAUAUAUCAGUUAAGUGUCACACUGGAAAUAUAUGACGGAAUCAAUAUAGUAUGAUUAUGUAUUCGUCAGCAUAUCGAAGUCAAUGAAGUGUGUUUAGAUGUCUAAUACUACAUUUCAAUGGCAUGAUAAGAGUGAAAUGCAGAUGUGUGUCACAGUAAAUGAUAGAAGAUGGAAAACCAAAUGUGUCACACUAAAUAUUUGUGGCGGAAUGAAAUGUAACCUUAAGAGGAACUGUGUAUUGUGUUGAAUCUUUAUAUAUAUAUAUAUAUUAUGCAACGAUUUGAAUAAUGUAUAUAUUGUUUAAUGAGGCAUUAGUAUAUAAUUAAUGUGUUGUAAAUUUUUACUUUCAAAAGACAAGUUUCCUAUUUCUUAUGAAAAUUCAAUUGAAUUUAUUAUCAUUAAGAUUUUGUCCUUUUUCAUUAAUUUUUCAACCACAACAAUUAAGAAUCGAUUUAUUGUUUCAAAGUUCUGGCAAAUACUUUUUUCCUAAAUUACUCAUACUAUUUUCAAUAAAUGUCCAUAAGAAUUUGUACCAAAUAUUACAUUUUUGAAAAAAUUGAUUACACAUGAUAGUUUUUUUAUAUAAUUUUAAAAAUAUGUACGCUGAUUGAUAUCUCUUAUUUAUGAGAGCAGCUGAUCGAUAUCUCUAACUCAAUGUAAUUGCUAUGGCAAAUAAACUUUUCUUUUGAAAUA